AUGAUAUAUGCCAUCAAGGGAGCACGAGAGUGGCAAUCUGCCCAACCAGAGAAGAAAAUCAAUUUGAAGGUAAAGAGAAGAGGCUCACUGCCUCAAUUACCGCAAGGAUUGAUUAAGUGCUUCACGGCUGGUGCAUGGAGAGAGGAUAUGCGAGGAGCUGGAAUGGGCUGGAUCUUCAAAUCAGAAGGGGAUAGCAUCACCACUCAAGGAUCCGGUACGCUGGCCUUCGUUCCUUCAGCCCUAGCAGCAGAAGCCCUGGCAAUUAAGGGAACUCUGAAUAAAGCCAUCGACCUCGGCUAUUUGUACUUAGGAAUCUUCUCAGAUUCACAAUCUCUGAUUCAAACGAUCAUCAGAGGAAAACAGAUCUCCGAAAUCUAUGGAACACUGACUGACAUUUGA